UGCCCGGGUCCGGUUUUGCCGUUUUGAUAACAACACUGUCCAAAACACGUCGUUUUGCCCCACCGUUUUACCCACCGUAACCCUAGAAAUCUCUCGCUUGCUCGGCGGACAUCUCCAUCUCCAUCACCCUCCAGCAGCCCCGCCCCAUCAUCGUUACCGCCAUCAUCGUUUCUACAUCGCCAGCCCCGCGCCGCCGUCUCAUCCCCUCGAAGCCAUCAUCUUUUCUUCCUCGCCAGCCCCGCAUUCGAGAUCUUCUUCCUCUCCCUCGCCAGCCCCGCGCCGCCAUCAUCAACCGAUAAAUUCUGCUGAUCUAGCAAAAAGAGAAGAGUUCAGCUAGGAGGGCUUAUUACUAGGAGCAAUGGCGAGAUACGAUAGAGCUAUUACCGUCUUUUCGCCCGAUGGCCAUCUCUUCCAGGUCGAAUACGCACUGGAGGCCGUCCGCAAGGGAAACGCGGCCGUCGGCGUCCGUGGCACCGACACCGUCGUCCUCGGCGUCGAGAAGAAAUCCGCCGCCAAACUUCAGGACUCCAGAUCAGUGAGGAAGAUCGUUAACCUUGAUAAUCAUAUUGCUUUGGCAUGUGCUGGCCUUAAGGCAGAUGCUCGAGUGCUAAUCAACAGGGCCAGAAUUGAAUGUCAAAGCCACAGGCUAACAGUGGAGGAUCCUGUCACUGUUGAGUAUAUCACCCGUUACAUUGCUGGACUUCAGCAAAAGUACACACAAAGCGGCGGUGUCAGGCCAUUUGGACUUUCGACCUUGAUCAUAGGGUUUGAUCCAUACACUGGGGUGCCCUCACUUUAUCAGACAGAUCCUUCUGGAACUUUUUCAGCUUGGAAAGCAAAUGCAACUGGGAGGAACUCCAACUCCAUCAGAGAGUUUCUGGAGAAGAAUUAUAAAGAAACUUCUGGUCAAGAAACCAUCAAGCUUGCAAUCCGGGCCUUACUGGAGGUUGUGGAGAGCGGUGGAAAGAAUAUUGAAGUGGCAGUAAUGACGAAAGACCAAGGCCUACGACAACUUGAAGAGUCUGAAAUUGAUGGUAUUGUGGCUGAGAUUGAAGCGGAGAAGGCAGCUGCUGAGGCUGCCAAGAAGGGCCCUGCUAGAGACGCAUGAUAUUAGGAACCCCCCCUGAAUUUGUCCUGCCAAUAGGCCACAGAACAUUCCGUUGUUUUUGUUAUCUUGUGCUACAGCUCUUAAUGUGUUCGAAGUUAUCAGAGUUUGAUUAUAGAUUUCAGAGGUGCUAUUCAACAUUUCGUUUUCAUGUAUUUCAGUCUCCAGAUUAACGGUGUGGAAUUUUAACUUGGCAAAUGAUUUCUGAGCCUCCUGCUUUGACUUUUGUUUCCUUUUUACUGCAUUUGAGGGCUCCGUCUCUCCCCACUUUUUUCCAAAGCCCGUUAACAACCAACACUUCAGUUUUCAUUCAUCAGUGGGGAAGAAAGGGAAGAAAAACUAGGUGGGUGUGAGAGCGAUUAUUUGAUUUGCCAUUUUUCUUUGCGCUAUGAUUCUGCUCUCAUCUGUUUCACCAUUUUUGUGCUUUUAGGUCUGCUAUGUGUUUGAUGCAUUGUCUCAGACUGUUUGUUGGAUUUACCCCUAAGGUAUUGUCUGAUUGUGACUCUGUGAAGAGCCCAACAUCAGCUCUAGAUUUCAAGCUGCUUCCAGCUGUAGGAGGAAAUCCACCUUAAAGCUCCCCAAGGUCAUUCCAUCAGAAGAGUUGGGAUCGUAGCAGACUCGGCUUAAGCAUUGUAGAUUCUCUUGAUGAUGAUCUUAUCAAAACCUCUGGCAAAGUUCCUCGUCCAUCGGAAAGUAGGAACAUUCUUUUUGGCCCAGGGGUGAGAAGCAAGGCAUCAAACUCUAAUAGUCAUACAUACAGUGCUGUUGAGGCAGCCAAGUCACUUCCAAGAAAUUUUGCUAUAGUUCCUCGUAAUACCCACACCAAAUCUUCCCUCCAUAAGGCCAGCUCUGAUGUUCUUUUCGAAAUCGGAGUGGCCAUAGAUGAUCCUGAACCACCCUUUGGAAGAGUGAGUCUUGUCAUUGGAUUCUUGCAGGUCUUAUUUCAAACCUGUCAUCUCUGACUGAGUGGCCAGAAGUGCAAACCCAGUUCUGCAGCUUCUCGUUUGUCUAACUUAACUACUGCCCAACUGAAUCCUCCUGUAUUAGUUGGAGGGAGCGUGGCUACAAAUGAGUUACCUGGUCCUGGUGUGAACUCGAGUUGUGCGAUUAGCACUCUCUCAGCCAGUGAGAUUGAGCUCUCAGAGGAUUAUACAUGUGUUAUUUCACAUGGUCCCAAUCCAAAAAAGACUCAUAUCUAUGGCGACUGUGUUUUUAGAAUGUCACUUGGAUGAGUUGAGCAAUUUAGGCAACAAAGGAAAGAAGGAUGCUGGACUACCCUCCUGGCAUCAAUCCAGCUUCAUUCCCCUCUGAUCACUUUUUGAGUUUCUGUCACUAUUGCAACAAAGAAUUGGAAGAGGGGAAGGAUAUCUAUAUUUACAGGUCAGUCUUGUUUUUUUUACUUCUUCUUUUAGUUCAACUUCCAGCAUUUUAACAUUCUUGAAGUUUAAUCUGUUGUCAUUGAAGCACUUGUAUCUUUUCUUCUUUGGCCUUCAAAAAAUGCAGAGGUGAGAAGGCUUUUUGCAGUUUACUGAGUUUAGGUUGUCGCUCACAAGAGAUAAUAAUUGAUGAGGAGUUUGAGGAAAACAAAAUCGAGGAUGCUCAUGGUAAUAUUGGUGAGGUAUUGGAGAAAACCGAUGAUGCUCGUGGCUCUCGCUCGCCAUAGCCCACAAUGGUUGCUUUGAGUCAUCGGAUGAGGUGACCUUUAACACUAUCGCACUUGAGAAGAAAGAAAAUUUUAAGUUAGAA